CAAGGAGGCUUCUCAUCAGCCGGUUCUGUCCCUGAGUACCUCCAAAACUUCAAGACCUUCGGCUCCAAAACCGUUGCUGAUGUCAUCCGCAAGCACCAGAAUACUGAUAACCCCAUCACUUGUAUCGUCUACGAUUCUUUCAUGCCUUGGGCACUUGACCUUGCAAGGGAGUUCGGUUUAGUUGCUGCUCCUUUCUUCACGCAGUCUUGCGCCGUCAACUAUAUCAAUUACCUUUCUUGCACUAACAAUGGAAGCUUGACACUUCCCAUCAAGGAUUUGCCUCUUCUUGAGCUCCAAGAUCUGCCUACUUUCGUCACUCCUACUGGCUCCCACCUUGCUUACUUUGAGAUGGUGCUUCAACAGUUCACCAACUUCCAAAAAGCUGAUUUCGUACUCGUUAAUUCCUUCCAUGACCUUGACCUUCAU